CGCUAGAACUUUUUCUCCCCUCUCUAGGAAACAACCGUCAGUUUUUAUUUCUUUCACGCCAUCCUCUCUGCCCAGAGUGCCUCAAGAGAAAUAAGCCUUGAUAUGCGCGUGUAUUAGAAACAUUCAGUUGUUCAGGUUCCCGCUUCCGAUAUCUGCCAUCACCUAUAUUUUCUACUUUUCUUAUUCCAUAUAAUCCUCCCUCACCCCUCUAUAUUCUGAUACAUAACUCCCCCUUUUCGCGUAUCCCGUCCAAGCCCAUCUAAUGUCGUCCAAGGAUGCCGAAAAGGCACCCGCUCCUGCGAGCGAGGUUGCGACGCUCAAUGUCGACCCGAACACGCUGACGGUCUCUGAUCUCUACGACAAGGAGAAGUUCGAUCUCGAGACAAUGGACAACAAGCUCGUGUUCCAGCUGCUGCAGUGCGGUCCCGGGGGUCUGACUCAGUCCGAGGCCGAGGCCCGUGUGGCAAAGUUCGGCGAGAACAAGCUGCCCGAGAAGAAGGUCAACCCGCUGCUCAUGUUCCUGUCUUUCAUGUGGAACCCGCUGUCGUGGGUCAUGGAGGCUGCCGCCCUUGUGGCGAUUGCGCUGUCCAACGGCCAAGGCAUGCCGCCUGACUGGCAGGAUUUCGUCGGUAUCGUUCUGCUGCUUCUUGGCAACUCGUGCAUUGGCUACUACGAGGAGCGCGGCGCCGGCAAGGCCGUCGAGGCCCUGAUGGCGGCCCUGGCUCCCCAGUGCAAGGUCAAGCGCGACGGCGAGUGGAAGAUCAUGGAGGCCAAGGAACCUGAUGUCGUGCCCGCUGAUUCGCGCAUGGUCGUGUCCAACAACUCGCUGCCCGUCGGCAAGGAGCCCGGAGAUGAGAUCUUCUCUGGCUCGACUGUCAAGCAGGGCGAGGCUGAGGCUGUUGUCAUUGGUACUGGUCUGAACACGUUCUUCGGCCGCGCUGCCUCGCUCGUCGCUGGCGCCAACGAGGGCACCGGGCAUCUGCAGCAGGUGCUGGCCAAGAUUGGUAACUUCUGCAUCAUCUCCAUUGCGAUUUUCCUGGUUGCCGAGAUCUUUGUCAUGUACCCGGGCUUCAGGUUCCGCUACCGCCGCGGUAUGAACAACCUGCUUGUGCUGCUCAUCGGUGGUAUCCCCAUUGCCAUGCCCACUGUGCUGUCGGUGACCCUCGCCAUUGGUGCCAAGCAGCUUGCCGAGCACAAGGCUAUUGAGCUGGCUGGUGUCACCAUCCUGUGCUCUGACAAGACUGGUACCCUGACUUUGAACGAGCUGACCAUCAAGACUGAGGCUCUGUCUGCCUACGCCUCGCGUAUCGAGAACCAGGAUGCCAUCGACAAGUCGAUUGUCGAGUCCCUGUCCGACACCAAGCUUGCUCGCGAGGGCAUCGAGGUCCUCAACUUCCUCCCGUUCAACCCGGUCGACAAGCGUACCGAGGUCACCUACCGCCGCCUGUCGGACAACACCCUGCACCGUGUGUCCAAGGGCAUGACCCAGAUGAUCCUUGAGCUCGCCACCCGCGACAAGACCGACGAGGUUGUCCAGCAGCUGCACGCCGACGUCGACGAGUUUGCCACCCGUGGCCUGCGUGCGCUGGCUGUUGCCGAGGAGGAUGUUCCGGGCGACGACCCCGAGGGUGCCGGUACCGGCUUCCGUCUGAUCGCUCUGCUGCCCAUCUUCGACCCGCCCCGCCACGACACCAAGGAGACCAUCGACCGUGCCAUCGAGCUCGGCGUCCACGUCAAGAUGAUCACCGGUGACCAGCUGGCCAUUGCCAAGGAGACCGGCCGUGAGCUCGGUAUGGGCGACACCAUGUACAACGCUUCGAUCCUGAACAAGCCCGAGGAGCUCCACGGCAUUGCCAACUCUGUUGACGAGCUUGUCCUGCGUGCCGACGGUUUCGCCGGUGUGUACCCCGAGCACAAGUACGAUAUUGUCGACCGUCUGCAGAACCUGGGCCACAUGGUUGCCAUGACUGGUGAUGGUGUCAACGAUGCCCCCGCUCUCGCCAAGGCCAACGUCGGUGUUGCUGUCGCCGAUGCCUCCGAUGCUGCCCGCUCUGCUUCCGACAUCGUCCUGACUGAGGCUGGUCUGUCGACCAUCAUUGAGGCGUUCAUCCACUCGCGCAUCAUCUUCCAGCGCAUGCGCAACUACGCCAUCUACACCUGCUCGGUCACCAUCCGUGUUGUCACGACGUUCUCGAUCCUGGUCUUUGCCUUCAAGUUUGACUUCCCUCCGUUCCUGGUCCUUAUCCUCGCCAUCAUUAAUGACGGUACCAUGAUGACCAUCUCGACCGACAACGUCAAGCCGUCGAAGCACCCGAACGCCUGGAACCUGAAGGAGAUUUUCUCGUACGCCAUUGUCUACGGCUGCUACCUGACCCUGUCGACCCUGGUGUUCUUCGCCGUCAUCGACAAGACCAACUUCUUCCAGCGCCACGGCUGCAAGGCGUUCUCCAACCGCAACGACUUCUCGCUGCACUCGGUCAUCUACCUGCAGGUCUCGAUUCUGUCGCAGGCCCUCAUCUUCGUGACCCGCUCGCAGGGCUUCUUCUUCGCCGAGCGCCCGUCGACCUUCCUGUGCUGCGCCUUCGUUGUCGCCCAGCUGGUGGCCACCAUGAUCACUGUCUACGCCAACUGGGGAUUCACCGAGAUCCGCGCCGUCUGGAUCUGGGACAUUGUCUGGUUCCUUCCCCUCGACUUCAUCAAGUUCGGCAUGGCCUCCGUCCUCGACCGCUUCGCUGCCUCCACUGCUCCCCCGACUCCUGGAGAGCCCGUGUCCACCGAGCAGGUUGAGCUUGCCCGCCAGCGCACCCGCGCCUCGAUCGAUGCUGCCCAGUCCGUCAACCGCAUCUCGACCAUCCCGUCGCGCGGUGCCUCGUACUAUGCCACCAACAUCAACGACCGUCCCGAGGCCAACCGCCAGAACUUUGGCAAGCGCAUCAUCUCGGGCCAGCUCUUCACCAAGUCGGGCAAGAGCCUGAAGAUGGACAGCACCGAGCUGCGCCGGCUGCAGAGCGCCCAGGCCGAGCACGCCUCGCGCAUCCUGACCAACCCGGGCAACAACUAA